CCGAAGUACCAAACACUCGACCACCUCAAACAACAACACGCAUACACGUAUAUAUACAUAUAUGCCUAUUGAGAAAUCACAUAAGCCAUAUAUUAUUAUUUGCCGUACUUUGUAUCUUUGGCGAAACCCGAAAAAACAAAAAAAAAAACCACGCUUAUAUUUUGUAAAUUGAUCAUUCUUGUCUUAUAGAUGCCCAAAUUCAAUUCAUUUCAAGCUCCCAUUUUAUAUUUCCUCCUCCUCGUUAUCCUUCUUUGUUCAACGCAAACACAAUGUCACACCAAAGGUCUACGGUUACGACCAAGAAACCAGAAGAAUGCGAACACGACGAGUCAGUCACAAAACCCGGAAGAAGAAUUCAUGAGAUGGGUUAGAUUCGUUGGGAGCCUUAAACACUCUGUGUUCAAGACAGCCAAGAACAAACUCUUCCCUUCAUAUACACUCACUGUCCAUAAGAAACACAAUAAAGGUGACUUCACUAAAAUCCAAGACGCCAUUGAUUCUCUCCCUCUCAUCAACCUUGUUCGUGUUGUCAUCAAAGUCCAUGCCGGAGUUUACAAGGAGAAGGUGAACAUACCCCCAAUGAAGGCAUUCAUAACAAUAGAAGGAGAAGGAGCAGAUAAGACAACAGUGGAGUGGGGAGACACAGCACAAACACCUGACUCAAGAGGCAAUCCCAUGGGCACCUUCAACUCCGCCUCUUUCGCCGUCAAUUCCCCUUUCUUUGUCGCCAAGAACAUCACUUUCAAGAACACGACCCCGGUCCCCUUACCGGGCGCGGUUGGAAAACAAGCGGUGGCAUUGAGAGUGUCAGGGGACAAUGCUGCGUUUUUCGGGUGUAAAAUGCUUGCGGAUAAGCUAGGAGCAGUGACGGCGCAAGGGAGGAGCAGUGUGCUAGAGGACACAGGAUUCUCGUUCGUGAAGUGUAAAGUGACAGGGACAGGGGUUUUAUACCUUGGAAGAGCAUGGGGUCCUUUCUCAAGAGUCGUCUUUGCUUACACCUAUAUGGACAACAUCAUCCUCCCUAAAGGCUGGUACAAUUGGGGAGACCCAUCCCGUGAAAUGACGGUGUUCUAUGGGCAGUACAAGUGUACGGGAACAGGAGCAAACUAUGCAGGGAGGGUGGCUUGGGCAAGAGAGCUCACCGAUGAAGAAGCUAAGCCUUUUAUUUCUCUUACCUUUAUCGACGGCUCUGAAUGGAUCAGACUCUAACCAACCAUUACUCUCUCUUUUUUUCUUUUUCCUUUUUCAUUCAAUUAAUAAUGUACAUUUUCCAAAUAAAAUGAAAAUACAUUUUUAACUGAGUUUUAAGCGUUCUAACCAAAAUAAAGCCUUACUACUUGAUCUGAUAA